CUUUCUCUUGUGUGAUAAUAAAAUAUUUUCUUUCGUUCUUCACUUGAAAUAUUUUGAUAAUGUCUUUCGGUUUCGGAAACACAAACACAAACAAACCAGCAACUGGAUUUAGCUUCGGCACUUCUUCCACUUCCACCACACCUGGAUUUGGUGCUUCAAGCACAACGCCUGCCGCUACAGGAGGUUUUGGAGGUUUUGGAGCUUCUAACGCUUCUACAACGCCUGCUGCAUCAACUGGAUUUGGUGGAUUCGGUGCACCUGCUACUUCCACGCCUGCUGCUGGUGGCGGUGGAUUUGGUGGAUUUGGUGGAUUUGGUGCAACACCCGCUGCUACCUCUACCCCUGCUGCAUCAACUGGAUUUGGUGGAUUCGGUGCACCUGCUACUUCCACGCCUGCUGCUGGUGGCGGUGGAUUUGGUGGAUUUGGUACAACACCCGCUGCUACCUCUACUCCUGCUGCUGGUAGUGGAUUUGGUGGAUUCGGUACAACACCUGCUGCUACUUCAACAGCUCCCACUACAGGAUUUGGCGGUUUCGGUACUUCUGCUACCUCUGCAGCUCCUGCUACGACUGGAUUCGGUGGUUUUGGUACUCCUGCUGCCUCUACUGCCACCACUUCCACUGCUGCUGCACCUGCUGCUAGUGGAUUCAGUGGUUUUGGAACACCUGCUACUUCUACACCUGCUACAACCACGACAGGUGGAUUUGGUGCUGCUGCUGCUAAACCUGCUACACCUAGCUUUGGUGGAUUUGGUACAACGCCUACAACGCCUACAGCAACAACAACAACAUCUUCUUUUGGCGGUUUUGGUACACCUGCCAGCACAGCUACUGCUGCCACAGGCGCUACGACUGGAUUUGGUACACCUGCUUCUACUACAACAACAGCGCCUAGUCUUGGUGGGUUCGGUGCUACAACCACUUCUAAGCCUACACUUUCAUUCGGUACAUCUACUGCCACGUCUACACCUGCUACUUCAGCACCUGCUGCUGCUUCUACACUUUCCUUUGGUGGAUUUGGACAAAAAUCAACAGCUACUACAACUUCAACUACUACUCCAACUACAACCACACCUUCUACACCAGCCAGCACUACACUUGGUAGCAGUUCCAACUUGACGACACAGCCUACGACUGCCAAGCCUGUUUCUGUCCCUACACCAUCUGCAUUAAAAAACAAAUCUAUGGAAGAUAUACUUAAUUUAUGGACCAAAGAAUUAGAAAAGCAAACCAAGGACUUCCAUAAACAAGCAAACCAAGUCGCUGAAUGGGAUCAACAACUCAUUGAAAACGGCAACAAGAUUUCUGCCUUGUAUGAAAAUGUGAGCAAGGUUGAAGUGACCCAACGCGAAAUUGACCAAAACUUGUCUUAUAUCAAUGCACAACAAGAAGAAUUGAACUCUAUCCUUGAUAACUAUGAAAAGCAAAUCAAGGAGAUCUUUGACGAGAAUAACUUGCAACAACCUAUGCAACCUGCUGAUGUGCAAAGAGAAAAGGCUUAUGGUUUGGCUGAAAGUCUCAAUAGUCAAUUAGAUGAUGUCAACAGAAACUUGAAUAUCAUGGUUGAAGAGAUCAACAAGAUGGGUAAUUCUAAACAAAUCACUACGGAUGAAGAUGAUGCUGUUGGCCAAAUUGUUCAAAUCCUUAAUGCUCACUUGUCUUCUUUGCAAUGGAUUGAUACUCAUUCCAUGAAGUUACAAAGCAAGAUUCAAGAAGUUACAAAGUUGCAUGAAGAUGUUGCCAGAGAACAAGAACCUUCUUUACGUAGAUAAUUUUAUUUUAUUUUGUUUAACGACCAAUUUCAGAUAAAGCUUUCU